AUGGCCAGGCUAUUUGAUCCUGAGCAGACAGUCCCCACGGUUGCAGAGAGUCGAGACCUCAUUGAGUGCAUGCGCUACAAGGAGAUUAUUGAAGACCUCUUUGAGCCUGCCCCUCCUCUGGAACCAUACAAGUUCCCUAAUGACGAGUACUACAACGAAGGCAAGAGCGACCAUAUGUUCUGCGCAAUAACUAAGACCUUUGGUUAUUGCUCGUCCAUGAAGGCCACAUCAACGGCCCAGGAGUGCCCAGGAGUGCAAGGAAAGACGAUGAGGGUGUACCUCAAGAUUAAUAACUUCGAGGCAUACAUUCUUAUCGACACCGGCAGCACGAUUGACACUGUAAGCCCCGACUUCACAAAAUUCGCGGGACUUAAGCCUUUCCCGUUGUCAAGCCCUAUCACCCUACAACUGGGUUGUUCAGGUUUGCAGUUGAAGGUUAACUAUGGCGUGUGGCUGCCCAUACCUAUUGGUUCCGCCAUGUACAACUUUUACUUCGACGUUGCAUCUCUAGAUCACUAUGAUCUGAUCAUAGGGACCCAGAUCAUGCAGGACGUUGGGAUGGUCCUGAACUUCCGCAACUACACCAUUCACAUAGGCUCCACCACUUUACAUGCGCUUGAAGGGGAGGGAGAUGGGCCUACCAAAAGACAAACUCAACGGAACUGCAUUCUGGGUGACAGACAGGUGCAACGCCAUCUGACUGCCUUGUCAUCACAAAUGAACUUGGAGAUAGUCACUAUUGAGACUGUCAAUGAUUGA